GACUGGGUGUUCCUGACCCGAUUCUGCUUCCUCUCCGACUAUGGACGCCUGGAUUUCCGGUUCCGCUACCCAGAGGCCAAGUGCUGUGAGAAUAUUCUGCUGUAUUUUGAUGACCCCUCGCAAUGGCCAGCCGUCUACAAGCAGGGGAACAAGGACUGCCUGAUGAAAGAAUCUGUGAUCCGCCCAGAAAACAACCAGGUCAUUAACCUCACCACGCAGUACGCCUGGUCGGGGUGCCAG